AAGCAUCUGGGCUGAAUGGAAUUUAGCAUCAAAAGUCCUCUUUCUGUUCAGAAAGUUGUAAAGUACAUAAAAAUGAAGCAGGCACCGGAAAUCCUUGGCAAUACAAAUGGAAAGACUCAGAACUGUGAAGUGAAUCGUGAAUGUUCUGUAUUCCUCAGCAAAGCCCACCUCUCUACCAGUCUGCAGGAGGGGGUCAUGCAGAAAUUUAAUGGCCAUGAUGCCCUUCCCUUUAUUCCAUCUGAGAAGCUGAAAGACCUAACUUCCCGUGUAUUUAAUGGAGAACCUGGUGCUCAUGAUGCCAAAUUACGUUUUGAGUCCCAGGAAGGGAAAGGACUUGGGACACCGCCUAACACCACCCCUAUCAAAAAUGGCUCUCCGGAAAUUAAGCUGAAGAUCACCAAAACAUACAUGAAUGGGAAACCUCUCUUUGAAUCUUCAAUUUGUGGUGACAGUGCUGCUGCUGUGUCCCAGUCAGAAGAAAAUGGACAAAAACCAGAAAAUAAGGCAAGAAGGAGCAGGAAGAGAAGCAUAAAAUAUGACUCCUUACUGGAGCAGGGUCUUGUUGAAGCAGCACUGGUGUCCAAGAUCUCAAGUCCCUCAGAUAAAAAGAUUGCAGCUAAGAAAGAGUCCUGUCCAAAUACUGGCAGAGACAAAGACCACCUGUUGAAAUACAAUGUCGGUGAUUUGGUGUGGUCCAAAGUGUCCGGUUACCCUUGGUGGCCAUGCAUGGUUUCUGCUGAUCCACUCCUUCACAACUAUACCAAACUUAAAGGUCAGAAAAAGAGUGCACGCCAGUAUCACGUACAGUUCUUUGGUGAUGCCCCAGAAAGAGCUUGGAUAUUUGAGAAGAGCCUUGUAGCUUUUGAAGGAGAAGGACAGUUUGAAAAAUUAUGCCAGGAAAGUGCCAAGCAGGCACCCACGAAAGCUGAGAAGAUUAAGCUGUUGAAACCUAUUUCAGGGAAAUUGAGGGCCCAGUGGGAAAUGGGCAUCGUUCAAGCAGAAGAAGCUGCAAGCAUGUCGGUAGAGGAGCGGAGAGCUAAGUUCACUUUCCUCUACGUGGGGGACCAGCUUCAUCUCAACCCUCACGUAGCUAAGGAGGCAAGUAUUGCUGUGGAGUCUCCGGGACAAAUGGUAGAAUCCUCAGGAGUCAUUGAAGAAGCUGCUGAUAACCCCAAGUCCAUGAGAGAAGAGGGCAUUCCCAUCAAGAGAAGGCGGAGAGCCAAGCUGUCUAGUUCUGCCGAACACCAAGAAAGUGACCCUGGGACGGUAAAGAGUACUCCUCAGAAGAUGGCAGAAGCCGACCCCAAGAGAGGAGUAGGGUCUCCUCCUGGAAGGAAGAAGACCACGGCCUCUGCUCCACGAAGCAGGAAGGGAGAUGCGGUGUCCCAGUUUUUGGUUUUCUGUCAGAAGCACAGGGAUGAGGUUGUUGCUGAGCACCCAGACGCCUCAGGUGAGGAGAUUGAAGAGUUGCUUGGAUCCCAGUGGGACAUGCUCAACGAGAAGCAGAAAGCACGCUAUAACACAAAGUUUGCCCUGGUGGCCUCUUCCCAGUCUGAGGAAGACUCUGGUACCGUGAAUGGGAAAAAGAGAAACCACACGAGGAGACAGGACGCUGCAGACGCCGAGGCGGGCGACGCGGCCAGGAAGAGGCCCAGGACCGACAAGCACGGUCUCCGGAAGAGAGAGACGAUCAAUGACAAGACAGCCCGAACAAGCUCUUGCAAGGCCAUCGAGGCAGCCUCCUCACUGAAGAGCCAGGCAGCAACGAAACAUCUGUCAGAUGCAUGCAAACCACUGAAGAAGCGAAAUCGGGCAUCCACAGCAGCGUCUUCCACUCCUUUUAGCAAAAGUUCGUCUCCUUCUGCAUCCUUAACUGAGAAUGAGGUCUCAGACGGCCCAGGAGACGAGCCCUUGGAAUCCCCGGACGAGAGCGCAGAUGAAACUCAGACCGAAGUGUCCGUCUCAUCGAAGAAGUCUGAGCGAGGAGUAACCGCCAAAAAGGAGUACGUGUGUCAGCUGUGUGAGAAGACAGGCAGCCUCGUGCUCUGUGAAGGCCCCUGCUGCGGAGCUUUCCACCUUGCUUGCCUCGGGCUCUCCCGGAGGCCAGAAGGGAGGUUCACUUGCAGCGAAUGCACUUCAGGGAUUCACUCAUGUUUUGUGUGUAAGGAGAGCAAGACAGAUGUGAAGCGCUGUGUCGUGUCGCAGUGUGGGAAGUUUUACCACGAAGCUUGCGUGAGGAAGUACCCUCUGACCGUGUUUGAGAGCCGAGGCUUCCGCUGCCCCCUCCACAGCUGCGUGAGCUGCCACGCUUCCAACCCUUCCAACCCGAGACCGUCGAAAGGUAAAAUGAUGCGGUGUGUCCGCUGCCCGGUCGCCUAUCAUGGAGGGGACGCUUGUCUGGCAGCCGGCUGCUCGGUGAUAGCUUCCAACAGCAUAAUCUGCACGGGCCAUUUCACUGCUCGCAAGGGGAAGAGGCAUCACGCUCACGUCAACGUGAGCUGGUGUUUUGUGUGCUCCAAAGGGGGAAGCCUCCUGUGCUGCGAGUCCUGCCCGGCCGCCUUCCACCCUGACUGCCUGAACAUCGACAUGCCCGACGGCAGCUGGUUCUGCAAUGACUGCCGGGCCGGCAAGAAGCUGCAUUUCCAGGACAUCAUCUGGGUGAAGCUCGGGAACUACAGAUGGUGGCCGGCAGAAGUUUGCCAUCCCAAAAAUGUCCCCCCAAAUAUUCAGAAACUGAAGCACGAGAUUGGAGAAUUCCCUGUGUUUUUCUUUGGGUCUAAAGAUUAUUACUGGACGCAUCAGGCGCGAGUGUUCCCGUACAUGGAGGGGGACCGGGGCAGCCGCUACCAGGGGGUCAGAGGGAUCGGAAGAGUCUUCAAAAACGCACUGCAGGAAGCUGAAGCUCGUUUUCGUGAAAUCAAACUUCAAAGGGAAGCCAGAGAAUCACAGGAGAAUGAACGCAAGCCCCCGCCAUACAAGCACAUCAAGGUGAAUAAACCUUAUGGGAAAGUCCAGAUCUAUACAGCUGAUAUCUCUGAAAUCCCGAAGUGCAACUGUAAGCCCACAGAUGAGAAUCCCUGUGGCUUUGAUUCGGAGUGUUUGAACAGGAUGCUGAUGUUCGAGUGCCACCCGCAGGUGUGUCCUGCAGGCGAGUAUUGCCAGAACCAGUGUUUCACCAAGCGCCAGUACCCCGAGACCAAGAUCAUCAAGACAGACGGCAAAGGAUGGGGCCUGGUCGCCAAGCGGGACAUUAGAAAGGGAGAAUUUGUGAACGAGUAUGUUGGCGAGCUCAUUGACGAGGAGGAGUGCAUGGCAAGAAUCAAAUAUGCGCACGAGAAUGACAUCACCCACUUCUACAUGCUCACCAUAGACAAGGACCGUAUAAUUGAUGCUGGCCCCAAAGGAAACUAUUCCCGAUUUAUGAACCACAGCUGCCAGCCCAACUGUGAGACCCUCAAGUGGACAGUGAAUGGUGACACUCGCGUGGGCCUGUUUGCGGUGUGUGACAUUCCUGCAGGGACAGAGCUGACCUUCAACUACAACCUCGAUUGUUUGGGUAACGAGAAAACAGUCUGUCGGUGUGGGGCCUCCAACUGCAGUGGGUUCCUCGGGGACAGACCAAAGACCUCAACAUCCCUUUCUUCAGAGGAAAAGGGCAAAAAGACCAAGAAAAGAACCAGGAGGCGGAGAACCAGAGGUGAAGGGAAGAAGGAGUCCGAAGACGAGUGUUUCCGCUGUGGGGAUGGCGGCCAGCUGGUGCUGUGUGACCGCAAGUCCUGUACCAAGGCCUACCACCUGUCGUGCCUGGGCCUGGGCAAGCGGCCCUUCGGGAAGUGGGAAUGUCCUUGGCAUCAUUGUGACGUGUGUGGCAAACCUUCCACUUUGUUUUGCCACUUUUGCCCCAAUUCGUUUUGCAAGGAACACCAGGACGGGCCAGCCUUCAGCUCCACCCAGGACGGGCGGUCCUACUGCUGCGAGCACGACCUGGGGGCAGAGUCGGCUCGAAGCGCCAAGACUGAGAAACCCUUUCCGGAACCCACCAAGUCCAAGGGGAAGAGGAAGAGAAGAAGUGAGAAGCCGGCCCCAGGAGCAGUGAUAGUGGUAGCGUUGUUGUAAGAUGCCCCCGUAGUUUGUUCUGACGUGGAUCUGGACUGAGUGGCGCCACCACGUCGGCCUCCCAAGUGUGGGGUCCGCGCGGCCCAGCCCCUCCCGACCAGGCCGGGGCUGGCGCUUCUCACCUGCCUGUCUCCUGAACGCACUCGGUUCUUGCCAACAUUUGGGGGAAGACUUUGUAUAUUUUUUUCAUUUGGCUUUUCUCUACCAGUUUCUGGCUUUUAUUCUCAAUAUAUUUUUGCUAAACUUGUUUCACAAAUUA